AUGACGACUCCACGCUCAAAAAUCCUCAAACCAGUCGGUGUAGAGCCAGAUGAACUUGAAAUGCAAGUCGCCCAAAAUAUCUUUGAUUUGGAAGCCAAUGUGCCAGAAUUGAAGGCUGACUUGCGUGGUUUACAAGUUACAUCCGUCAAGGAGAUUGACGCCGGACAUGGAAAACGAGUCAUAAUCAUCUUUGUACCCGUCCCACUUCUCAAAUCCUUCCACAAGGUGCAAUCUCGUCUCGUCAGAGAAUUGGAAAAGAAGUUCUCGGAUCGUCAUGUAUUAUUGGUUGCUCAACGUCGAGUCAUGAAGAAGCCAACUCGUCGUGCACGUGUCGGACAAAUGAGACCUCGUUCUCGUACUCUGACUAUGGUGCAUGAAAAAUUGUUGGAGGAUUUGGUCUACCCUACUGAAAUCGUCGGAAAGAGAACCAAGAUUAGGGUGGAUGGCAGCAAGCUCACCAAAGUAUUCCUGGAUCGAAAGGACAACACAUCGCUCGAAUACAAACUGGAGAGUUUCAGUGCAGCAUACAGAAAGUUGACCGGCAAAGAUGUUGUCUUCGAAUUCCCUGCUGGCAGCAUAGCCGAGUAA